UGUCUUCAGCACCUAGACGAUAGCAGGCAAGACUCUUCCUCUUUUCAUCAUGACCAGCAGGUGUAUCCUCCAAACUGCUCUCCUGGUAUAUUUCUCCACCACGGUUCUUGCCAUGAACUAUAACUUGCUUCGAUUCCAAAUAAGCAGCAGCAGUGUGGAGUGCCAGGAGCUCCUUCUGCAGUUGAAUGGAACUUCUAAAGAUUGCCUCAAGGACAGGAUGAACUUCAAGAUACCUGAGGAGAUCCAGAAAUCCCAGCAGUUCCAGAAGGAGGACAUCGUAUUGGUCACCCUUGAGAUGUUCCAGAAGACCUCUGAUAUUUUCAGGAGAAAUCUCUCAAGCACGGGAUGGAAUGAGAGCAUUGUCGAGAACCUCCUUGCCACACUCCACUGGCAGAAGGAACAUCUGAAGGAAAUCCUGGAGGACAUCAUGCAGGAGGAAAACUUCACUUGGGACCACAGGACCCUUCUGCACCUGAAGAGAUAUUAUCUAAGGAUCGUGCGGUACCUGAAAGCCAAGGAGUACAGCGUCUGUGCCUGGACAAUAGUGCAAGCAGAAAUCCUCAAGAGCUUUUUCUUCCUUGAUAAACUUACAGAUUCUCUCCCUAACUGAAGAUCUCUCAGCCUGUGCCUCUGGGAAUGGACGAUGUUGACAAGGAUUUUGGGCAUUCUUCAACUUGCAGAGGCUCUGUAAGUGACUGACAAGCAAGAUACUGUUUUUGAAAGGACAAAGAUUUUAACUUUUAAAAUUAAUUUAUGCAUUAAGUUAUUUUUCUACUUGAACUUUCA